UUCUGGAUAAGGGAGUUUGUACCUACGAUUUUCUAUUACGAUUUUCUAGUUUGUACCUACGAUUUUCUAUCACUGUACCAUAAUAUUUGGCGCCUGCUACUUGUAGCAUGUGUUUUGUCACAUGCGACGGAUCCGCAGAAAAUACUGCCCAUCUGUAUGGAAGGGACGUAGAAGAAAAUUAGUUUCAGUAAGAAGGCAGGCAUAAGCAAGUCAAAUACUGCCCCCAUAUGUAUCAAGUUCAUAUGAACUGGAGUGCUGAAAGAAAAAACUGAAGAUGCACCACAUAAUGACCAAGAACAGUGUUGUUCAAUGCUUUUUAACAUUACAAGCAUUGCCCUUUUCCUUCACUUCUAUCAUCAGUUUCCAACUACACUUUAUUUUAUAUGCCUCUCUGUCUCUCUUUUGCAAUUACAAGUCUGUAACUUGGCAAUAAAUGGGUUAAGAAACAUUUCAUUGGACAGCUGUUUCUAGUAAAGUGAUCAGCAGAUGUUAAGUAAAUCUUAAAAUCUGGUUAUAUACAGAUUAUUCAUAAUGUAGAAGCAUUCAUAGGGGCAAAAUUACUAAAAUGCGAAGUGGCUAGCAUAACGUCAUUAUGCCACUUUGCCAAUUUACUAACAGUGGCCCUGGCGAAAAAUUUGCCAGUGAAUUAGAUAGAGUUGCGCAACUUCGCACCCUAACGCUGGCGAAGUUGCUCUCUGGCGAAGGGGACAAAACUAAGCAAAUUAACUACGUUUUUUUUCCUGAACGUUACCUCCUUCGUCAGAGUUUACUUCGCCAGGUCAGAGCAGGCGAAGUUCAAUAUAGUAUAUAGGAGUUUUAGUCCCCUACUUUUCAUAGGGUGAUAGACUAAAAAAGUACAAAUUGUUUUUUUAGGAUUCCCACCUUCCCCCCUACAGUUGAGAACAUAUGGCACCUUAACUAUACUGUGAGCACAUGUGUAGGGCAUUAGAAUACCCCUAUAUACGUAUGUAUGCGCUGCAACAUACAAGUCCAUUUAUUAUUAAAUUUGCCGCUUUAUGCAAAUUACCCUUCGCUAGCGCUACUUCGAAUGGCUGAUUGUACUAUCACUUGCGCAACUUUGCAAGCAUUCGGUAACCUUCGGAUCUUCAUGAAUAUGCUCAGCCCUGACGUAUCUACGUCUGCUGACGAUCGGCGAACUGCUAUGAAGGCAGCGCUCACGAAUUUGCAGAGGAGACAUGAGUGGCAGAAACAUGGGACUUGUGCUGCAUCUUUGGAGUGUCUGAACACCCAGCUGAAAUACUUUAGUAAAGGUCUUGAACUAUACAAACAGGUGGACCUCAAUAGUGUACUUGAAAAAUCUGGCAUAAUACCAUCUACUUCAUAUUACCAGAUGAAAGACAUCGAAAAUGCACUUAAAGGCUUCUAUGGAGUGGUACCAAAGAUUCAGUGUCUUUCUCCUCGUCAGGGUGAAACUGUGCAGACACUUGGCCAAAUAGAAAUAUGUUUCACUAAGGAGUUUCAGCUGAGGAAUUGCACCGAGUCAGUGGAUAACCUGAAUGAUGCACUAACUGCUUGGAAGUCUUACAAUGAAGAUCUUCAUGUUUGUGAUACAAGUGCGAACACACUUUACCCUCCUGUUAAAGAACAUUCAAAAUAGUAAUGUUGCAGUGCUUAGGCCGAAUGUAGGUAGCAUAAAUAAUUGCAUUUUCAUAUAAAGUUCUGUAGAUUCACUUUUAUCUUUUAGGUUAAUGGUACACUGUCAUUUUCUUUGUUGGAAUAAAUAGCUACUACUGGGGAGCUGCAAAAUAAGUUAAAUAAUUGGAAACCCUUAAAUGGGCAUUUAUUUCGUAUGGCACAUGGGGUUUUAUAUACCCCUGUGCUUGUCAGUAUUAGUACAGUCCUCUAUCUACUUUAUGCAAAGGCCCUUUACACAGGAAUUUACUUUUGCAAGCCAAGUGUGGUGCUUUUUUGUAAAAAGCAUUCUACUGUACAGGAAUGUAUGAGUCUGUACUUUUCUAUGGGUUCUACACUCACUGCACUGUGCAUAACCUCCAAAUGCUGCACAUUGCUUCUCACCUGUGUUCAGGAGGCCAAUACAGUGCCUAGGGUACAUAUGCAUGCAGCGGAACUCAUCAAAAACUCACUGUAUUGGAAUGCAAGAGUGUAAGGGCUCUAAGGGUCUCUCUUAGUUUUUGCAAAGCAGCCAUAAGGGGGUUGUUCACCUUCAAACAACUAGUUGUUUUCAGAUAGAUCACCAAAUAAUAACUACUGUUUCCAAUUAUUCUAUUUUCUAUGUGUCAUUUUGUAAUAUUGAUGGGUUAAGUGUCCUUUUUCACCUUCUAAAGCAGCUCUAGGAGGGGGGGGGGGUGUCGCCAACCCUGUAAACUGUUCUAAAUUGAUACA